AUGGCGAACAAUCAAAAACUCUCGCAAUUAUCUGGUUCGCCUUCACAAAAUCAUUCACAAUCUACAAUCUUUUCUUCUCAAUAUUUUCUUGAUGUGACAGCGACGCCCCUUUUGACACAGGAACAGAUUCCUAUAACUCCGCAACAAAUUAUUACAACGGCGAGUCUUUUGACUCCCCAACAAGAUUCUGCUCCAAUAGCAUUAGAAACAACCCCACCAACUACCCUUCAACAAGUCUAUGCUCCAGAAGAACAAGAAGCAACUUUUUAUAAUGGGUAUGAUUAUCCAUUCAACUUAAAAGAUUCGGAAACAAUUCCCUUCAAUUUUUACAAGG